CUACAAAACCAGGUAUGACCCGUGAUGACCUGUUCAAUACCAAUGCUACCAUUGUUGCGAAUUUGACGACUGCCUGUGCCAAGCACUGUCCAGAAGCCAUGAUCUGCAUUAUUGCUAAUCCGGUAAAUUCUACCAUCCCAAUAACCUCUGAAGUUUUUAAGAAGCAUGGGGUUUAUAAUCCCAACAAAAUCUUUGGUGUUACAACACUGGACAUUGUCAGAGCAAAUACUUUUGUGGCUGAACUAAAGGGUUUAGAUCCUGCUCGAGUAAAUGUUCCUGUUAUUGGCGGACAUGCAGGGAAGACCAUCAUCCCUCUGAUCUCUCAGUGUACACCAAAAGUGGAAUUCCCUCAGGAUCAAUUGGAAACACUUGCGGGCAGAAUUCAGGAGGCUGGUACUGAAGUUGUGAAAGCAAAAGCAGGAGCAGGAUCUGCUACCUUAUCUAUGGCGUAUGCUGGGGCCAGGUUUGUCUUUUCUGUGCUGGAUGCAAUGAAUGGAAAGGAAGGUGUUAUUGAAUGUUCUUUUGUUUCAACACCUUUGUUACUUGGGAAAAAUGGAAUUGAGAAGAAUCUAGGUAUUGGCAAGAUCUCUCCUUAUGAGGAAAAGAUGGUAGCUGAGGCCAUGUCUGAGCUGAAAGCUUCUAUCAAGAAAGGAGAGGAGUUUGUGAAGAGCAUGAAUUGAAGAGCUGAUGGGGAAGAAGAAUCACCGUUUCCUUAAUUUAUUAAGGCAUCAUGUCACUUUAAAAGACUUCAGAUGCAAAGUACGAGCUUUGAUCGAAGUCAUUCUGUAUUAGUGUAUUAUCUGCUCUCAAUUGGUCAAUUGGAAUUCUACUCAAUAAAACAGCCUCCUAUUUUUUUAAGGGUA